UAUGUUUUGGGACUAUGGAGGGAAGCCAGUACACAGGAAAAAAAAACAUCCUGUAUGCUGUACUUCUGAAAAUACUGUCACUACGGUAAAACCAAAACAACUGGAACGCCUCCUUGAAAUUGGACACACACAAAUCACCCCACCCCGCCCAAUGUUGAAUAACUUUCCGUCAAUCAUUCACUCUCUUGAGGUGUACGACUGGCUUGAGAUCAGUCAGUUGUGGGCAAGCAGCAGCUGCUGCACAUAUUUUGCUGAGCGCCUUCACGUCGAGGUUGCCUACCUGCACUCACAGGUCUAUCAAACGGACGCUGGGUUCCCACCGGGAGUGGAAUGGAUAAGAGCCAUGGCCCACUCUAAUCUGCGGUCGCCAUCCUCUUCUCCUCAUGAUGAAGUCAACCUGGGUCCUUCAGCAGACCCUCAUGCCAAGCCUACUGACUUUGACUUCCUGGCUGUCAUUGGCAAAGGGACCUUUGGAAAGGUCGUGCUCGCCAAGCUCAAAGCCACCAACCAAUUCUAUGCUGUCAAAGUGCUGCAGAAGAAAGUCAUCUUGAAGAAAAAAGAGCAAAAAAACAUUAUGGCGGAACGAAACGUGCUGCUCAAAAGCCUGAAACACCCCUUCCUGGUUCGGCUCCAUUACUCCUUCCAGACCUCAGAGAAGCUCUACUUUGUCCUCGACUACGUGAAUGGUGGAGAGCUCUUCUUUCAUCUGCAGCGUGAGAGAUGUUUUUCCGAACCCAGAGCGAGGUUCUACGCUGCGGAGGUGGCCAGCGCUAUCGGCUAUCUUCACUCCCUCAAUAUUGUCUACAGGGAUCUGAAGCCAGAGAAUAUCCUCUUAGAUUCUCAGGGCCAUGUGGUGCUGACUGAUUUUGGUUUGUGCAAAGAAGGUGUAGAGCCAGACGGAACCACCACAACUUUCUGUGGAACACCAGAAUACUUAGCACCAGAGGUUCUUCGGAAGGAACCUUAUGACAGGACUGUUGACUGGUGGUGUCUUGGAGCUGUGCUUUAUGAGAUGAUUUACAGUCUGCCUCCUUUCUACAGCCGUGACGUUGGAGAAAUGUAUGAAGGGAUUCUCCAUAAGCCUUUGCUGCUCCCACCAGGGAAGUCUGAGGCCGUGUGCUCCCUGCUGGAGGGUCUCCUGCAGAAGGACCAGCACAGACGCUUUGGGGCCAUCGCCGAUUUUUUAGAAAUCAAGAACCACACCUUUUUUGCAUCAAUCAACUGGGACGAUAUUUACCACAAGAGAAUCACUCCUCCUUUCAACCCGAAUGUGAGGGGCCCUGCCGACACUCAGCAUAUCGACCCAGAGUUCACAAGAGAAAUGGUUCCUAAUUCGCUGAGUCGGACGCCGGAAUUAAACGCCAGCACGAGUGCCAACAACGCCUUUUACGGCUUCUCCUACGUGGCCAGCGAUGACAGCUAUCUGUGAGCCAACAGCGUGGGCCCUUGUGUUAUAUGACGAUGUAGCUGACUACUACUCAGUAUAAAAGUUCACAAUGGGCCCAUCUUGUAGCAGAGGUGGACUUGAAAGAUCCACAGUUAAUCCUCUUCAGUUUUAUCGAUAAAGAACAAUGAGGAGGAGAGGGAUGUUGAUACAUUACGUGAUCACUCUAUUAUUUUUUCUGUGAUGUUAAGCAAAUGAGUGCAAUGUUCUAUGUCACGAGGACAACGAAUGAAAUUUAGCUCCGGCUAAUUCCGACUGGUUUUACGCUGGGGUGUUUGUAUAUAUGUCUAUAUCUUUAGUGUUCAUCAAAAUGGUACUGUCCUGUCUAAAUAAAAAAAUAAAAAAAUGUUGACGACACCCAGGACAGAUAACCAGUUCAA